AUGCUUCUUAUUAACAAUAUACUAUUUAUGGCUCUAUUUCAUUUCGUUUAACGUAUGUUUACACUAUACACUGUUGAAGGAUAUACAUUUUUACACGUUGUUUAGUCAGUUUUUAACAGGAAGUUAGUAUUCAUAAUGAAGUGUUUACGGUAUUCCAGUAUCAUUGUAAUAAUUUUACAAAACUUAGUUACUGGCAUAGAUUUCUUUUUUUCUAAGGAUAAAGUUUUACUAGGUAGUAAAAGAACAUUAACUAUGAGAUGUGAUGUCACUGAAACAGAUGUUAACAAUAUUUACCUCAUAGAGAUACGAAGAAUUAAAUCAACCGCACUUUCUGGAUCAGAUCCUAAUGAUUGGCAAACAUUAGCAUUAAUGGAAUUAGGUAGAUAUGAAAGUCCUACAUUAACAGAAGAUAUUACAGCUGUAGCAGCUAGUAAAGAUUAUGUUGCUGGAGGAUCAUGGGAUUCUACAACACCUGCUAACACAUAUCUUACAUUGUCUAUGAGCAUGGAGAAGAUGGUUUGUGAUGAUGCCAGAUAUUAUAGAUGUGAAUUGUCUUAUAAAAGUUCCACAACAAGUUCAGUUACAUUAGCUAAUAGGAAUUCAACUUUCUCAGCAUAUGUAAAACCACAAGUGACAUCUUUAAUAACAAGGAAGAAUGGUUUUAUAGUGGAAGGAAUGUCACCAACAAACAUGGCCACAACUGACGUAGGAGAUGAGUUGGAACUGACAUGUACUGCUAAUAUAGGAAGCUUUUCAACAACCAUUAUUCGCUGGCAUAGAACUUCUGAAACUUCACCUAGCGAUGAAUUUAUUGACUAUCAACCGCCACAAGGUACCUUUGAUGAGGGCACAGCAACCAGUGACAAACAUUGUGGAUAUACUAGAGUUGCUUCAAUCAGAUACAACGUGACAACAGUCGAUGCUUACAGGGAUAACAAUUUGGCAUUCGAAUGUUACGUUAGAGUUAGUGGAGAUCCAUAUGGAAACUCUUACACAUCUGAAAACAAUCCGAGAUUCUACACUAAUGUCACUAUUACAGCUAAGCAAGACAAUGGAAACACAAGUUCUAAAAUUGGUACUGGCGUUUCUUCGGCUGCUUUAGUGGGGGCUGUGGUUUCCGCAUUAGUUGUUGGUAUUCUUUUAGGACUGGUUUUAACAAAGUGUUAUCAACGUUUUAUAAGAACAGGAGACAGGACGAAUUAUCAGCCUCAACAAAUUGAGUUUCAAGAAACAGAGAUAAGUAAUGUGGCCCUGCCAGCGAAUGCGUAUGAACAACUUCAAAACAGAACAAAUACGGAGGGAAGAAUCACCUACGACUCACUAAAUGUGAGUUCCAGUGAAUCACCAAUAAGACAAUCACAAUAUGAAGAUAUGGAUCAUGGAUCAGAAAUACCCCACACUUAUGCCGAUGUAAACUGAAAAAAUGGAUACAUUUUGAGAUGACUCCUGCUGACUUAAAGCAUAAUGAAAGUUAACAUCAUGAACACAUUAUUUAAUGACAUUAUCUAAAUGUAUGACAAUGAGAUUUAUAAAUUCAACAACUAUAGAACCGGAUAUCUACGAGUUAUGUCAUCCUUAUGCCUAUUCUAUAUGGUGGCUGAUUUCUGCCAUUUUGUGCCUUCGCCUUCGACUUUUUAGAUGCAAAAACACGAAGACUCGAUAAAUUGGCCAAUUAUCGUGUCUUAGACUUUCGCAUUUUGAGACGAAGACACGAAAACACGACAAAUAUAGAUUUCUCUCCGCCAACACGAUAAUUCUACAGAAAAAUAUCUCGCCUAUAAAAUAUUUUUAUUUUGCUUAAAAUAUAUCUUGCCUUUGUGUCGGCGCACUCAAAAGUCGAUGGCUAAGACAAAAUUAGUUAACAUAUUUUCGUGUUUUCAUGUCUUCGCCUUCGAGUUUUGAGGGACGACGACACGAAGACACGAAAUAGAAGAAAUCAGCCUCCAUAAUUUUUAGGACAAAUGGUUAUAGGGAUUUUGGCUCAUUCUAAUUUUUUGAAGAUAUAACAGAAUUAUGAUAUUGUUUUAUAUUUGACUUUUCAAGUAUGUUCCUGCAUGUUUUGUCAAACAAUCUUAUAGCACUUUAGUUGCUAAUGUGUAACAAAUAUAAAAAGCAAAAAAAUCUAAAAAGCUUUA